AAUGCGAAUUUUCAUGUGCGAUAGCAAACCACGCUAUCGCCUAACCUUAGCGCAUGAUAAGCAGAACAGAGUGCGCCAGUGGUACCAGUACGUGUGUGUCGUAACUUCGUAAUGUCCGUAAAUAUUUCCUGACAUUUUCACAGAACGACGGUUUGAUCGCGUGUUCGUAGCGCGUCCCAUACACGAGGGGGACCGAUACUUUUAAGGACGCGCGUGUGAUAAGAUUUAAUAACGCCGGGUGCGUAUUCGAUAUGUCUUCGAGAAAAUUGUCGCUGCCGCUGUUGAUCGCUAUCGUUCACCGGCAGCGAAAGAUACAGAGAGAGAGGCAGGAAAAAUAGGAGAUCGUUGAUAGAUGCAGGUAGACGCGUGAAUGACCAGUGAAAUUAACGAGGGAUUUUUUUCCUCAGAUUCAGUUAUUCCAAAAAUUCAUCAGCAUCCGUCACUUAUCCCGGUGUGCUCUCCGUUUUACGGAAAAUAAUAUAAUAAAAUGGAGAAAUAUACAUGGAAUAAUGCGAAUUCAUUCAAGAUCGGCUAAGCCCAGCUGUCGCGACUCGUUUCUUGCACGAAUCCGCCGAAUUUCAUGUAAAAUCAUAUCAAUGUUCUCUCAUAUAUUCUGAUAUAUAUUCUCUUCCCCUUCCCCGCCGACUUUAGUGUGUUAUUCGACUGCUACGCCAUUCAGCAACAGCCGUAUUUAGUUUUCCACCCUAUGGAUGUGUGUACGGUGUAACGCAAGAGAGAGAGAGAGAGAGAGAGAGAGACACAAGAAGGGUUCACGCGGAUGUGACAUGUCAAACGCCCGAGCUUGUAUCAUAUCUCAGCAGCAACAGCCGCGAGGUCUGCGAUCGUGAAAGAAUCCCGUAGUGACGGCGGCGGCACCCUUUGGCGGGGACGGCGGAUGAGAGUGGAGGGCGACGGGUGGUGACGACGACGGCAGUGGUAGUGGCGGUGGCACAAGGGGGGGGAGAUCUUCCGCCCCCUUCGCGAGCCAGACGCCGGUAAUGAGUGUUUACACUGCGAGCACGCCGAGUACCGCUAUAUCGCCGGCAAUAAAUACGGCAAUAGUGGCAUCGACGACGACAACAACGACGACAGCUACGGCGAUUACAUUGACGACAUCGACAGUAACGACGACGCCGACAACGACGACAACGGUGACAGUGACGGCGACGACGGCGGUGGCAGUGGCGGUGGUAACGGUGGCACCAGUUACAACGACGACGGCAACAUCGUCCACGGCGAUCGCCGCGUCGCCCGAAACAGCGACCGGCUGGAUCGAGUUCUGCGAGAGACACGCCCGCGCUUUGGCCUCCGACUUUGCUAAAGCGUUUUGCACCUACGUCAAUCUCAAUUUGCCCGAGAGCGCCCGCACAGAUAUUUCGCAUCAUGACUUCCUCAAAAAGUUCGUCGAAAGUUUCUGCGAGCACUUCGAGAAUGAGUAUUUACGUCAAAACGUAAGAUCAUUAUCAUUGCAUGAUACUAGAAGUAUAGCAUCCAGUGACAGAGAUACAAAUCUUGCAAGCCAAAAUGCUACUAAUGCACCUGCCCUUGCGUCGUCGCAUGAGGAAUUCAGCGACUAUUCUGAACAUGAAGGAGAAGCAGUAUCACCAAAACCUGCUCACAAACCUUUCUUCCGCAGAUUAUCUUUUAAGGGACUUAAAAAGGGCAAACAACAAAGUGAUGAGGUCGAAUUAUCCCACAUUGAACACCGCAAGGAUAAGCACUCCAAAGCCAAGUUGUCGAAAAUCGUGGUAGAGUGUAGGAAGGAGGGAAUUAUGAAUACUAUAAUGGGAGAAAAUAUAGAGAAGAAAAUAUGGGAAAAGUCGCGACUAGCAUUGAUAAAAGCAAUUGGUGGAUACAUGUUGGAAUUUUAUUCCCCGCCAAAAGACGUAAAACCACGAAGCGGCGUCUUUUGUUCUGCGAUAACGGAAGCGAGGGAAUCCACGGCGCUCGAAAUGCCAGAUCACGAAAACACAUUUAUUCUGAAAACUCAAAACGGAAUGGAAUUCAUCAUAGAGGCACAUGACUCGAAUGACAUGAAAUCGUGGUUGGCAACGAUUAGGUAUUGCAUGCGAAAGGUGCAACAAAGUUUCAGCGCACCUGGUUCUGGACUGGGUGAUUCCUUAGGAGAUUCUCUCGGCCACAGUUCAUUUACUAUCGGACUUGAUGUUGAUCGAGUACGAGCCAAUUCGGCGAGUAAGCACCGAUCCGCUAGUCAUGAACAAGAUGACUCGGGUAAUCCAUCAGAAAUAUCUGCAAGAGGCCAUGAUAUACGUAGUAGCAGUAAUUUAGAAUUACGUUCCUCUCAAGACGUCGACCAAACAAAUGAGGGCGAGCAGGAUUUUUCGCAUAACAUACGCAAUUACGCAUGGUUUCAUGGCACUCUUCCUCGCUCUGAUGCCGCGCAGUUUGUAUUAGAUAGAGCAGCUAAUGGUCAUGGUGUGUUUCUGAUUCGGCAAAGUGAAACCAGAAAAGGCGAAUAUGUAUUAACUUUCAAUUUUCAAGGAAGAGCAAAACAUUUACGGAUGACAUUGAAUGAUCAAGGUCAUUGUCGUGUCCAACAUCUAUGUUUUCCUGCAAUAUUGGAUAUGAUAGAUCACUUUCGCCAGAACCCGAUACCUCUCGAAUCCGGUGGAACUGCGGAUGUUAUUUUAACGGAUUUUGUACUUACGACGAGCACGUUACGACCAGGACAUCAUAAUGUGAUGUAUGGCUCGAACAUACAAUUAGUGCAAGAAAGGAGACCUCCGGCAACCUUGGAGCCUAGAGAAGUAAGAGUUCGCAGUGGAAGUCUAACUCAUCUUGUGUGAGCGCGAGUGGCCAACACCCACAGUCUGAAGUCUAAUCUACAGAUAGUACGCACUUAUGGUGGUUCUAUAAGAACGCAUGUGGAAUCGUUGGAGAGGCUAGAGCAACAGAACACUAUUACGGAGCAACAGGGCUCAGCUUCAUCCACUGGCAGAGCAGUUCAGAAUACUUACAGUUUUCUCUGACGUUGGAUUCAUGCUAAUCCACCAUCGGGCUACAAUCCAGUUAGUCCGACGGACUGAACAUAAAUAAUAUGAUGAAGUAAUCGCAAAGUUUUUAUUUCCAGAAUUGCAUCAUGCCGUAAAACUACUGUUUGAGCGCAUCAUUCUACUAGUACAAAACAACUGCAUUUCUUUUUUGGAAUGUCUAUCUUCCAGUCAUUGAUUGUGUGUACGUGUAGCAUUUAAAAUUAUACAAUUUUUAUGAUUUAUUAAUAACAUAUUUGCAUUGCAUUUACAUUGAAAAAUAAUAAGAAAUAGAAUAGACUGCUGAGAACAAAACGAAUCUCAGCAAUAAUCAUUUCAUAACAUUGUGCACAAAUUACCACUGGAUUACUUCUUCUUCAAGUAAUGUUGCAGCAUACUUUCCACGGAACUCCUUUUCGCAUGUUCGCAUAUAUCUACGAUUCGUCUUUUUGUCAAGAUUGAACAAACGGUUUCCUCGUGUAUUUAUAAAGAGAGAAUGGAUAUAUUUUAAUGAGGAGACUGAAAUCUCGUUAUGUCGCUUAACUAAUUUAUGGUAUAUGUACUUACAUAAUAUUAUGCUUAAGAAAGAACAUAUAUGCCACAUGUACACAGUUUAGUAGAAAAUGAUAAUUCUCUAAAAUCGCAAACUAUGAACUGCCAUUGCAAUCCCCAUUUAUGUCCAUCAUCCCAAAGAUUUAACAAGUAUGCCAAAAUUAAAAAUUAAUACUAUUAAAUCCUGCUUAAUUACAAUUUAUUAUGCAAAAUUGCAUUUUAGCCACAUUAUCAUUGGUCCUGAUGUUUCAUAGGGCGUUAUGUAUAAUAGACAUGCCCUUUAAUCCAUCGAGAUAAGCAUAAAAUAUGCGAUACUUAUUAUUAAUCCCACUGCAUAUAAAUUUGCUCAUUUCUUGAACAAAUAAAAAAAAAGGGAGAAAGAGAGAAGAGCUAUAUUAUUAUCUUGGAUAAAUUGAAAGGAAAAUGUAUUUCGAGCUACAGUAAGUAUGAUUCUAUGUAUCCCUGCAGAAAUAGCAGCAUUAUAUUCAAUAAGCGUAUCAAGAAGUGUAUUAAUGAUUAAAAAAAUUAUUACUGAUACUGUAGAGCAAUAUGACUGAGUGUGUGUAAAAUUAGAUUAUAGAUAAAUGUAUGAAUGAGUGGUACAUGUACGAUGGAGAGCUAUGAUUGACGGAAUAUCUGAUUUGUAAAACGAGCAAAGCAGAUAUUCUCAAUACGAGCCGAACUGAUUACUGUGAUAAGAUCUUUCAUUUGCACAGGCAUCUAAUAACCCCGUUGCCGUCCGCAUACCAAUCUUAUCCAAAAUCACUACAGAAACAACAGGGAAAAAUUUAUCACACGUAUACAUUUUAAUUGCUUAUUUGCCAUCAAAACUUGUAUAAAUAGUAUUUCCAUUGCAAUAUUAAAAAAGAGAAAAGAAAAGAUGUACAAAAAUUAUAGUCGAUCUGAAAAAAAUCUAUAUCACAAAUUUACUCUUUAGCCAAAAUGCUCGCAACAUCAUGCUAUAAGUAGAAUAUAAGCUUGUUCUCUGUAUAUUUAAAACGCAGUUGAAACACACAACAGUCCUGAGAUAUUACAGAGUCUGACAACUAGGCAUUCAAUAAAAAUACUUUUUUACCUUAUGUUAAGAUGCAGAAAUGAAAAUAAAAAUACUGAAUUCCCUGA